AAUAGAGUUCGUGAAAACGUGUAAGCGCCCUCUCUCCCACUCCUUCUUCGUCACAUAGUAUUAUCAGAAUCCACAAAACACACUCAAAAUCUUCUUUUUUUAACUUCACACACAAGACAAAACUACACAACUUCCAGUUUUGAACCUUACAAUGGAACCAAUUCUUGAGAAAGUCUCAUCAGCACGUUGGCAAUUUCUUGUUCAAGCAGCAACAUGGACAGUACUCCUAAUGUUAACGGUGGCUUUGGCUUCAUUCGCUCCGGAGAUGGCUUUCGUGUCCAAAAUAUCAUCAUCGUCUUCUUCAGAUGGGUUCUUAAGGAUUCCGAUGGAAGAAACUGUGAUCAUACCCUCAGAAAUGGUGAAGAAAUCGACUUUGGAUCUUUUUGUUCCGACUAUAUUCGCAGGCGUUAUGGUUAUUGCUUCUGUCUCUUUGUUACGGUCUUGUUUUGGUAUCGAAGGUGUUGUCGAAAUGGAAGAACAAUGUUGAUUAACUUAAUAUGUUACGAUUUAUAUUAGUUUAAUUGUAAUCGUAAACAACAAAGGGUCCUUAGCUCAGUGGUAGAGCAAUUGACUGCAGAUCAAUAGGUCACCGGUUCGAAUC